CACACGUGUGUUCGUUGCCGAAAGACGGGACAUAAGGAAGGAUUUUGCGAUACAGCAUCACGUUUUUAUCGAGGUAGGUCACUAAAGCGUGUGCGUACGGUUUUAGUGAAGCAGGACAUGCGGUGAGAAUGAUGGUAGACACAGGUGCCAAAAUAACCAUAAUCUCUGAGAGAAACUGGCAGCGCAUCGGUAGACCAAUGCUUCGACAAGCAUCGAUUAAAGCGAAAUCGGCGACCGGCAAUUGUUUAGAAUUAUUGGGCGAGUUCCAAUGUAUGCUCACGAUUGGGCAGCGAUCAGAAGAAGGUGCAGUGCGCGUUACGAAAGAAGACCUCAUGUUAUUAGGGAAAGACGUAAUGGAAUUGUUGGGUUUGUGGGAUGUACCACUAACAUGCGUGUGCAAUAAGGUGACCGACGUCACAACGAAUUCCCAGGAGGUAACGAAACUCGAAGAGUAUAAGGAUUUGUUUUCCCACGGGUUGGAACACUGUACCAAAAUGAAGGUUAGCCUAGAACUUAAAGAUGAUGCGAUUCCGGUAUUUAGACCAAAACGUCCAGUGAGCUAUGCGAUGCUCCCAGCAGUGGAUGAGGAACUAAAUAGGCUCGAAAAAGAAGGAAUUAUAUCUCGCGUGAAUUAUUCAGCAUGGGCAGCGCCUAUCGUAGUAGUGCGCAAGGCAAACGGUUCGUUAAGGAUUUGUGGGGAUUACUCCACUGGGCUGAAUAAUGCGUUACGACCGUACGAGUACCCUUUACCGCUCCCUCAAGAUAUAUUCGCUAACCUAGCUAACUCGACUAUAUUCAGUCAGAUAGAUCUGACCGAUGCGUUUCUGCAAAUUGAAGUAGAUGAGGAAUGUCGAGAACUGCUAACCGUAAAUACGCACAGAGGCUUGUAUUCUUACAAUCGGCUUCCACCUGGAGUUAAGGUUGCGCCAGGCGCCUUUCAGCAAGUAAUGGAAACAAUGUUAGUAGGACUUAAAGAUGUGGCUGUCUACUUAGACGACAUUGUCAUAGGUGGAGCAGAUACGGUUGCGCAUAACAAGAAUAUUAGAGCUGUACUUGAUAAGCUAAAGGAAUACGGGUUUAGGAUACGCCCUGAGAAGUGCAAUUUUAUGCAACAGCAGAUUAGGUACCUAGGGCACAUUUUGGAUCGUAAUGGGUUUAGACCUGAUCUGGCCAAAAUAGAGGCGAUCACGAAAAUGCCAUCACCAAAACAGCCUUCAGAAUUGCGAUAAUUUCUUGGUGCCGUUAAUUAUUAUGGGAAGUUUGUCCCACAGAUGCGCAACCUACGAUACCCUUUAGAUGAGCUUUUGAAACGAGAUAAGGGUUGGCAUUGGAGCACAGAAUGUCAGGAAGCAUUUGAGAUGUUUAAGCGAAUGUUAAGCUCCGAUCUUUUGCUUACAUACUAUGAUCCGCAAAAAGAUAUAAUAGUGGCCGUGGAUGCGUCUUCAGUAGGAGUAGAGGCUACGAUAAGCCACAAAAUGCCGGAUGGAACUGUGAAAGUAGUGCAGCAUGCAGCGCGAGCGCUGACAAAAGCAGAAGAAGGUUACAGCCAACCAGAUCGAGAGGGCCUAGCUAUUAUAUUUGCUGUCACGUUCCAUCGUAUGAUUUUCGGGCGGAAAUUUACACUACAGACCGAUCACGCUCCGUUAUUACGGAUUUUUGGUUCACGCAAUGGUAUUCCAGUGUAUACGGCGAAUAGGCUACAGCGUUGGGCCUUGACAUUGUUGAUGUACGAUUUUAAGAUCGAAUAUGUGCCGACAGAUAAAUUCGGAAACGCAGACGUUCUAUCACGUUUAAUAGAUAGACAUGAAAGGCCAGAACCGGAAUUUGUUGUAGCAAGUAUUAAUGCGGAUAAAGAAGUGCAAUGUCUAGUUAGAUGUAUCACGGAAGUAAUGCCACUUACGUUUGAAGAUAUUAUGCGUGGAACCAGUAACGACGUUAAAUUGGAACAAGUAGCAAACUACGUUCAAAACGGACAGGCCGAAAGAUUUGUAGAUACCUUUAAAAGGGCUUUAAAGAAAUUGGAAGGGGAAGAAAAUACGAUAGAAGAAGCUUUAGAUGUUUUUCUAAUAACGUACCGAAAUACACCUCACAAACUUCUAGAGAACGAUCAAUCGCCAGCUGAGGUUAUGUUAGGCCGUCGUAUGCGGACUUGUAUGGAAUUAUUACGGCAUCCAGCUGAGCCAGUUAUAAAUGAAACGAAUUGCGCAAUACUAUCAAAAGUGUACAAUAUGAAUGAUCAGGUCUAUGUAAAAAGGUAUUUUAGAAACAAGUGGAAAUGGGUGCGCGGCAUAGUUCAAGGGAAGUUAGGAAGAGUAAUGUAUGAAGUGCUUACUGAAGAUAACAAGCUACAAAGAUCGCACGUAAACCAACUUCGUAGACGAUAUGAUAAUACUCAGCCGGUUUUGAACAAACCCCGUAUGUUAGACGUGCUGUUAGACACUUGGGGUAUAGACGCGUGUAAGCCAGCAUCAUCAUCAGUAUCGCCCUGUAUACCGCAUCAUCAAACAGCAUCGUCGUUAUCAUCAUCGUCAUCGUCAUCUAUAUCGCCGUCGUCAUCGUUUCCGUCAGUACUUCCGUCAUCACCAUUGUAUUCGUCAUCGUUGGCACCAGCAGAGGGAAGUACCACAAUGUCUCCGGGAUUUGCAACCGCCGAUAGCGGACCAACAACACCGGUGGAUCAUCUACGCCGAUCUACGAGGGUUCGAAGACCGCCGCAGUGGAUGGAGCCUUACCGCCGGAAUUAGGAGGGAGACGUUGUGGAGAUACGGUUGUGUCGAAACCGUGCUUAGUACACAGCCUUGUGUACUAGGCUUCACAACCCGACGAGUGACAAAUGUCACUCGGUGCGGUGUGUGUGUAUGCGGAGUUUUAUCUCUCUCUUCUAUCGCCAGCGGUCGCCGAAGCAGGAUGCGUGAAAUAUACGUUAAGUAAUUGUAUUCAAAGUA